ACAAGGCAUCCAUGUGCAAAGCAGUGGUGUUUAUUCAUGAAAAAAGCAUGCCGGGAUAGUUUGCCUUACCAGGAAAAGAUCUAUGGUAUAUUUCUUUUUGCGGUAUAAGGCUGAAAGAUGGUGUUUUUCAUUUGCAAUGCCUGUGGCCAAUCUGUUAAAAAAGCUCAAGUUGAAAAACAUUAUAUGCAGCAGUGCCGUCAAUGUGAAGUUUUAUCUUGCAUGGACUGUGGCCAAGAUUUUGUAGGCGAUGGUUAUAAAGAGCACACUAAAUGUAUAUCAGAAAAUGAAAAAUAUGGAAGCAAAAAGGAAGUUAGUAACUUGAAACCAAAUAAGGGUGAAGUCAAACAGGCAGCAUGGUUGGAGCGCGUCAGGGAAGCUUCUACCAGUCAGAAAACAAACCCUAAGAUGAGGAACUUGCUGAACCAAAUCAUAGAAUAUCCAAAUAUUCCACGCAAAAAAACAAAAUUUGAAAAUUUUCUCAAAAAUAGUCUGAAGCUGUAUGACAAUUAUUUGAUCCAGCAAGCAUGGGUGAUCGUUUCCGGAUCCAACGAGAAGAAUGAAGAAGCUUCCAAACAAAAUGGUGAUAAAAAUGAGAACCAUCAAAAGAACACCCCUGAGUCAAAUGCAGAUGAAAAUACUAAUAAGGAAGAAAACAAAUCAGAAAGCAAUGGAAUUGUGGGAAGGAAAAGGAAAAUAUCUGACCAAGUUACUGAAUCUGAAACCAAACGUAAGCAAGUUUGUUCAGAGGAAUCUAGUGUUGAUACCAACAAUCAAAUACCAGAAAAAUUUAAGUGGAAUAAUAUGAUCAAGAGGAUAUUACGAGAAAAAGAGAGUAAAGAAAUGUCAAUAAAGAAACUAAGAAAAAAGGUCAUUGCUGAAUACAAUAUCAGAAAAGGAGAAAGUAAAACAGAAGAAGAAUUAAAUGAAAAAUUCUACAGGAAGUUGAAUUCAAACCCCUCACUGAUGAUAGAUGAUAAAAGAGUCAAAUUAAUUAUAUGAAACUUGUUGAUUGAACAAUUGUUGAUAGUCUAGCAGUCUUUCAACCACUAAUUAAAUCCCAGUGAACUAGUAAAGUCCAUUGUACCUGGCCAAGUUGUGGUGGACUAGUAAAUUCAGUCUUGCAAAGGGACGGUCAAAAAUCGUAGAGUGUGGGUGGUUAGUGAAGUUGAUAAUUGAGACAGCAUGUGCUACAGUCUACAUUCGAAUAUAUACCAUGGAGAUACUUCCAUGAAUAUACAGUGCAUAUAAUCGUACAGAUUGUUCAUUUGUACACAUUGUUACAUUGUUAUAUCCAGUGACAUGAGUAGCCCUAGUGUGUAGUCGGCCUUCCACUAGGCAUAAUCUGAGUGGCCAGAGAAGUAAUGGUAAUUUUUAGAAGCCACUCCUUCACUAGGCAAGUGUUGAUGGUGUAGUUUAACAUGUUUUCAAAUGGGCAGGUCCCAGUUGUGUAGUGAAAUGUGUCUCCAGCUAUUUAAUUUCUUUGGACCGUUGGUGGGCUAAUUUUUCAUCAAUUUGUAGUUUACUAGUAGACAGGUUAGCCUUGUUUACAUGGCAGGAGCAUUUAUCCGUUGAUGUGUAAAUGGAGUUAGUAACUCUGCAAAACAGAUGAGUAACUGCGAUAAUCUACACAGAUACCUCUGCAUCGCAGGAGUGUCAACAUAGACCAUUGGCGUGAUCUUUAUGCAAAUUACCUGUUUUUGACCUGUGUGAGCCAUCGCUGGCAGUCGCUGUUGAUAAACAGUGUGAAUACCAUUAUCAUCAUUUGAAAAAUUGUUUUUAUUAAUUACGUACAUUUUAAAACUUUUUUGACAAAUGGUUUCAAAGCAAGCAGAUAUGUGUGAAAUUUUUUCCGGUCAGUUUUAUUCAUGUGACUUCGUGGUUCAACCGAUCGUUUUUUUAUCAUGUAGACACGCGACUGGAGAUCAUCAGUGUUACCUAUCUGAUAGCAAACGGCCGUGUAAACAAGGCUAUUGUAAUUGAAGGGCAAGAUUUGAACUAUCAGUAGACAAUAAGUGCAAAGUGUCGUAACAACUAUGAUCUCUUAUUUGCCAAAUCCAGGGAAGCCAGACUCUAAUGGCCCCCGGGAUAUUAAUUAGCGUUUUUUGACCCAAAUCAGCCAGAGCAUGAAAAAAAAAAAAAAAACAGUCAAAAAUGCUUUGUCCCGUAUCCUACUGGGCUCUACCAAAAUUCAGGCCCCGGUGUCAUGGGGCGAAAGGAAGCCAUAGCCAGGGGCUACAGCCCACUUUGUUACACCAUUAAGUGCCAUUUGAUUACUGAGAGUUGUCAAUCAUAAAUAUACAAAAGGUAUACUAAGAAAUGGUUUCUUACUCUGUUAUUAUUUGCAUUCACUAGAUAAUUUCAGUGUUCAUUAUGAUACUACUACGAAUUUUUAAUAAACAGAGAAAUUGUGUUGU